CUUCACUAUUAAUCCCCACAUUGUUUAUUGUGCGCGCUCUCUCUCUCUAUCUACAAACAGAUUUCUUUUCUUUUUUACAGCAUCACAUUCGAUAAAAAGCACAGCCCACCAAUUUUUUCAACAAAAUACAAAGAGAGAGAUAGAGAGAAUGAUGGGUGUGAUUAGAAAGAGAAAGGGAAUUAUUGUUUUUGUUUUGGAUUCGUCGUGUGUUCAUUUCAGUUGUUUUUUUGUCUUUGAAUUCCACUUGUACUACUGCUACUCUAUUUUUCAUUUCCCUUUAUCCUCACACCACGAACACAAACCCAACUAUUACUAUUAUUAUUAUUAUUAUUCUUAGUUUUCUUCUGUUUGUAUUAUUGUUUUUGAUACGAGUAGCAGUAGUAUUUUCACCUGCAUCUCCAGCGCUAUUAAUUAUAUAGUAUUUAUUAUCAGUAUUCAGUGAAUCUUCACCGCACAUCUUUAUCAAACUUGGUUUCCCUUUUGCUGUUUCCCAAUAUACCCAAUAGAUUAUUAUCUACAAAGAGAAGCAAUACUUGUUCAGAGUCUGCUUUUUUUUUUCUUUUUGUUUUUUUUGUUGUUGUUUGGGUUUCUAAACGGAGAAAGGGGCUGGCAAAUUUCUCAUUUUGCAAAACCCUAGUUUUCCGAAGCUGGGUUUUUGGAUUUUUGUUAAAUGGGGGGUGAUUUUUGAAUUUGUGAUCUGGUUGAGCCCUAAUUUUUGUUGGGUCUGUAGAUUUGUUUGUUUCUGGGGAGGCGUGUUUGAGUGAUGGAGGUUGAUGGAGGUGGUGAUGGUGGUGGAGGCGGCGGUGGCGAGGGUGGAGGUGGUCUAAGUAUGGAGAUGGAGAAGAAGAACAUGCCAGAAGGGGAAUCGAAGGUAAAGCGCAGAAUGAAGACUCCUUCCCAGUUGGAAAUUCUGGAGAAAACUUACGCUUCGGAAACAUAUCCUUCAGAGGCACUGAGAGCGGAGCUUUCUGUUAAAUUGGGCCUUACUGAUCGACAGCUGCAAAUGUGGUUUUGCCAUCGGAGGUUAAAAGAUCGGAAACCACCAACAGAGAAGAGGCAAAAGAAGAGUUUCUCGCCAUCUGCAGCUGCAGGACCUUCUGGUGGGAGUGCGGACGAAAUGAUACUUGAUGAUGCUGACAUGGCAAAGGAACCUGGCUCUGGUCUAAGUCUGUUUGGGAAUAUGGAUUUGUUGCAGCAACAGCAAAGAGUAGUUCAUAAAGUUGGGUCUGCUGUGCCGAGGAUUUCGUCCGAGUUGCCAUCCAUGAGGAGGUUCUAUGAGCCGCCUUUGGCUAUAUCUGAGCAAAGAGCAAUUGCAUUUGUUGAAGCCCAGUUAGGAGAACCCUUAAGGGAGGAUGGGCCAAUUCUGGGAAUGGAGUUUGAUCCCUUGCCACCUGGUGCAUUUGGUGCACCCAUUGGCCAACAGAAACCAUCUGGGCAGCCCUAUGAUGUCAAAUUAUAUGAGAGUCCAGAGAGUAAACAAAUCAAGGGUGCUUCAAGGGCUCUUCUUGAGUACCAGUUUCUCCCAGAGAAGCCAUCUGCAAGAAAUGAUGCCCAUGAAAGGGCUGGACCCCCUCAUUAUUAUGGUCCACCAACUGAUAACCAGAAUGCUCGAGUUCCGUUGCCAAUGGGAAGAUCACUAAUGCGGAGUAAUGAGCAAGUAUCCUCUGGAUAUAGUCUCCAAAGUCAGAUGCCAAGUCUUUUAUCUCAGCAAGGAAGACAGGGUCACCACCUGUCUCCAGCUUCUGGAGAAGUUGGUAUUGCUUCACGAGUACCUCCAUUGUUGAAUGUCAACACUGACGCCCAUUAUCUUGUUCAACCACUCAAUGGUUUGAGUAAUCACAUUAUAACACCAGAGAGGCGCAUUAUAUAUGAUGAAGAGAGGUUGGAGAGGAAACGCAAGUCUGAAGAGGCCAGAAUAGCCAAGGAGGUUGAAGCUCAUGAGAAAAGGAUAAAAAAAGAGCUAGAGAAACAAGAUAUUUUAAGGAGAAAGAAAGAAGAGCAGAUGAGGAAAGAGAUGGAGAGGCAGGAUCGUGAAAGGAGGAAGGAAGAGGAAAGACUCUUGCGUGAAAAGCAGCGUGAAGAGGAAAGAUAUCAGAGGGAGCAAAGGCGUGAAAUGGAACGAAGGGAAAAGUUCCUACAAAAGGAGUACAUUAGAGCGGAGAAAAUGAGGCUUAAAGAAGAAAUGCGUAGGGAGAAGGAAGCUGCAAAACUUAAAGCUGCUAAUGAUAGGGCCGCUGCUCGCAGGAUUGCUAAGGAAUCAACGGAAAUGAUUGAGGAUGAGCGGUUGGAACUUAUGGAGCUUGCAGCCUUAAGUAGGGGUUUGUCUUCAAUUUUGGCUCUUGAUGCUGAAACUUUACAGAACCUUGACAUGUUUAAAGAUAAACUCCCUGAAUUUCCUCCCAAGUCUGCGAAUUUGAAGAGGCCAUUUAGACUCCAGCCGUGGACUGAUUCUGAGGAGAAUGUUGGCUGUCUUCUUAUGGUAUGGAGAUUCUUAAUUAAUUUUGCCGAUGUUCUUGGUCUAUGGCCUUUCACUUUGGAUGAGUUCACUCAAGCAUUUCAUGAUUGUGAUCCAAGGCUGCUGGGAGAGAUCCAUAUUGCUCUUCUCAGAUCCAUUAUAAAAGACAUUGAAGAUGUUGCAAGAACAGCAACCACUGCACCGGUAGCAAAUCAAAAUCCUGCUGUUAUGCCUGGGGGUGGACAUCCAGAGAUUGUUGAAGGGGCAUAUGCUUGGGGGUUUGACUUGCUUAGCUGGCAGCGCCACCUGACUCCUUUGACUUGGCCUGAAGUAUUGCGGCAGUUUGCUCUAUCUGCAGGUUUUGGACCAAAAUUGAAGAAGCGGAGCAUGGAACUCCCACAUUUUCAUGAUGAGCAUGAGGGUAAUGAUGGUGAAAAUGUUGUAUCCAAUUUACGAAGUGGAGUAGCAGCCGAGAAUGCUGUUGCAAUUAUGCAAGAAAGGGGUUUCUCUAAUCCACGAAGAUCUAGGCAUCGUUUGACCCCUGGAACUGUCAAAUUUGCCGCAUUUCAUGUUCUUUCUUUGGAAGGAAGUAAGGGUCUUUCAAUAUUGGAUGUUGCUGAUAAGAUUCAGAAAUCUGGUCUUCGGGAUCUCACCACAAGUAAGACGCCAGAAGCAUCUAUUUCUGCUGCUUUGUCAAGGGAUACAAAGCUCUUUGAGAGAACAGCUCCCUCAACAUAUUGUGUACGAUCCCCUUACAGGAAGAACUCUGCUGAUGCUGAGACAAUACUCUCUGCAGCCAGGGAAAAGAUCCGGUUAUAUCAAAAUGGAAAUGUAGAUGGGGAAGCUGAGGAUGUUGAAAAAGAGGAUGCUGAAAGAGAUCAAGACUCGGAAAGUGAUGCUGCUGAUGAUCCUGAUGUUGAUGACUUGGAUGCUGUCUCAAAGCUUAAGGAAGCUUCUCAUUCUAGUGAAAGAAGCAGACUUCAAGAUGUAAACUGCUCCACAUAUGGAAAGGAGACCUCUUGCAGUGAGUUUAUGGAAACCCCAAUACAUGCCCAUGGGACUUCGAGAAGCAGUUCAAGUUUGAGGCAAUCUGUAGAUGAGAGAAAAAGUAAUGGAACAUCUGGUGAUCCAUGUGCGGAUGUUACAGGGAUCCAUUCCCAGGUUGCUGUUCCUGAUCAAGAAGACACUGUAAUUGACGAUUGUGGAUAUGCAGAACCAUGGGUUCAAGGACUUACUGAAGGGGAGUAUGCUGAUCUUAGCAUCGAAGAGCCUCUGAGUGCUCUUGUGGCCUUGAUUGGUGUUGCAAAUGAAGGAAAUACUAUACGUAUUGCAUUGGAGGAGCGCCUUGAAGCCGCAAAUGCAUUAAAGAAGCAGAUGUGGUCGGAGGCACAACUUGAUAAGCGUCGUAUGAAAGAGGAGAAUACUGUAAAAUUACAUAAUUCAUCACUUGCAGGUAACAAAGCUGACCAGAAUAUACCCUAUGGUCCUGUUGAGGACAGGAGAAAUCCACUGCUCACUGGUGAUAUAAAAGAUGUGUUGUCAUCUUCAAACCAUGCAGUCCAGCUAGUGGAUUUGAAUGAACAACAGAACGAGCAAAGUUAUUGUAGUGACAUUGUUAGUGAAAAGAACCCCUUAAUGCAUGAGUUCUCUGUGGGUUCUGAUAACUUGUUGCUUCAGCAAUCUGUAUGCGCUGCUGAGAAGUCCCGAUCAGAGCUAAAAGCUUUAAUUGGUUACCAAGCAGAGCAGUUGUAUGUAUAUAGAUCACUGCCUCUUGGACAGGAUCGGAGACGCAAUAGAUAUUGGCAGUUCAUAACAUCUCCAUCUCAAAAUGAUCCAGGCUCUGGCAGAAUAUUUGUUGAGUUAUGCAACGGUGCUUGGAGACUUAUCGAUUCUGAAGAGGGCUUUGAUGCUCUGGUGUCUUCUUUGGACAUUCGUGGGAUCAGAGAAUCUCAUUUGCAUUCGAUGUUGCGGAAAAUUGAAACAUCUUUCAAAGGAACUGCUAGAAAAAAUUUGCUAUGCACAAUUCAUCCUGGGAAUGCCUUCAAUGAAGUCAAGAUGGAAGUUCUAGAAAUGAGACCCAAGAGCGAUAGCUAUUCUAGCAAUAAUGACAGCCGCAAGAGUAUACUCUGUGCAUCCUAUUCCAAGUCUCCAGAACCUUCUGUACAAUUUUCCAAUGAGCUCGAAAAAAAUGUAACAGAGGAAAAUGAGCUCAUGGAUAGAUGUAAAGAUGUUGAGAAGUGGAUGUGGGAAGAAUGCUUUAAUUCUAACAAAUUAGGAGCCUUAAAUUGUGGAAGAUUGAGGUCCCAACUGCUGCUGCAAAUCUGCAAUUGUUGUCAUGACUUGUUUUCUUGUGACCAUAACCAUUGUCCUUCCUGUCAUAGGACUUACAGCAUUUUUGAUCAAAGUUUCAAUUUUCCAGAACAUGUUAGUCAAUGCAAAGGGAAAGUGAGUGAAGAGCUUGAUGGGUUCACGCUCAAAUUUUCUCUUCCCCCAAGAGUUAGACUUCUGAAAGCUCAAUUGGCUACAAUUGAGGCCUCUAUUCCCUCAGAAGCUCUUGAAUCUGUUUGGUCAGAACAGUACAGAAAAUCUUGGGGUAUGAAGUUACACAUGGCAUCAACAGCAGAAGAGCUCCUUCAGAAUUUGACAUUGCUGGAAAAUAGCAUCAAGAAGGAUUUCUUGUCAGCAAAUUACGAGACCACCUGUGAAAUAUUGAGCUCCCGCAAAAUUGUAGCUGAUUGUUUCUCUGGACCUGAAGAGAUUUCUGUACUUCCAUGGAUACCUCAGACAACGUCUGCUGUAGCGCUGCAGCUCAUGGAACUUGAUUCAUCCAUCUAUUAUACGGUCCACGAGAAAGAGUCUUGUCAAAAGGAUAAUCAAGCCGGUUAUUUUGCUAAGGCUCCAUUAAGAUAUUAUACAGUGGACAGUUCAAUAAAUAAUGUGUCACAAGCUGGCUAUCUGCGACAAGAUAAUUGGGUGGAUCUGGUAAGCGGGCGUACCAACUUGAGACGAGGACGAGGACGUCCAAGAGGUCCUAGUCGUACAUGUGGUGGAAAAUCACUGAGAAAGGCCAUUAAUUCCCAGGAUGAAAUGCGUCGUGGAAGUACAGAAAAAUAUAAAUUUGGGGAAUUUCCAGGCUGGAAAGGCCGGCCACGUGGACGAGGCGGCCGUAAGAAAGGUCGGCGCUCCAUUAGAAGAAAACAGAAGCCUGAUAAGGGAUCGGGGAAGAAUGUUGUUGAGAAAAGCGGCAUGAAGAAAAGUAACUUCGGCGAUACCCCAGGUCGACAACAAGAGGAAUGGAAUUUGGAAGAAAUACCAAUGGAAGUUCCGGGUGCUGAAAAUGUCAGCAGCUCUGGAAGAUCAGAAUUUGAGGAUGACAACAGUCCAGCAUCUGCUGAUGAAUAUGACGAUAUUUCAGUUGAUGAUAUUGCUGGUGUCAGGGAUGGGAAGUCUAGGUACUUUGCCACAGUUGACGAUUAUAAAGUAGGUGGGGAAGAUGAUGGACAUGAUGAUGGAGAUGAUGUUGAUGAGAAUGAUGAAUAUGAAGGUGAUGAUGGAGACAAUCAACAGAGAGAUUUUUAUGUUGAUGGGUAUUUCAACAGUGACUUUCAUGAAGAGGGAAAUCAACCGACAGGAGUAGAGCACGCUAGGGAUGUACUGGAUAGAGGUUCGGCGUCUUCAUCCGCUUCUGAUUAUAGUUACUAAUACUCGACAGCCAAACAAGACAUUAUAUGACUGCAACAACAGGAAAAGAAGGAAAUAUACUAAUAUUUUAGUCUAGGAUGGACGAUGUGUUUAUACGCUCCAGAAUUGCUGAAAUUUUCUAACGGUUGCUCUGUUUCAAUAUGUCUCUGAUUGAUUCUCGUUCGGGUAAUUUUAUGAUUUCCUUGCUAUCUGAUCUGAUCUAUGGUGUAAUCUUGUUUGGUGGCGAGAUAUAAUUCUCCAGUCCACUGAUCUCAUUGUCUGGUUAUACGCAAGUUUCUCGUUGCUGGUGUGUACUUGUCAUUUCACUAUGAAUUUCUUAGCCUCAACCUUUGUCUUCAGUCAUGAGGUACGCUUACCAGCAACUUGUGUCAUUUCACUAUGAAUUUCUUAGCCUCAA